AUGGACUUGAGCUGCGAGGAUUUUCGUCGAUCCGUUCAAGAAGAAAUCGAUUACCACAUCGAAGAAUUCAGAGAAGUCCUUCGACAGGGAGAUGAGUACGUUCUCACUGAGGAACUUCGCCCUUUUAUUGACGAAUUUGUGAGUGUCAAGGAAAGAUUGGAUACUUUGAAGGCGGAAUGCCUCAGAGGAAACUGUCGUCAUCUGCGUGCAUCGUUCCUCAUCGAGAAGCUUGACAGAAUCCAUGUGCGUGCUUGCAACGUCAUCUGUAUUUUCCUCAUUGAACGGGCCAGGGCCAUGGGAUUGAUUGAGCAGGGAUUCUAUCCCUCACGAGAAUAA